AUGUCCCACAUACCUCCCGAACGGUACCUGGGAGCGCUGCCGCUGCUUCACGACGAGGAACAGGCGCACGAGAUGUGCGUGGGCAACGGGCGCUCGCUGCCGACGGCGCCUUCGCUGGCCCGAGAGGGCUUUGAGCUGUGGGAUUGGCCGACAAGCGCCGACUUGGACGACGAGGAGUCGAUACGCCGCGUCUACUAUGCUGAGAUGGAAUCGCGUGUGAUGGCCGCCACCGGCGCCGAGCAUGUUGUCGGCUUUCACCACCUUCGCCGCGACGCCGCGCGAGACAACCGCGACAGCCGCAAGGGUCCGGGAGGCGCAAAGAGCACCGCCGGCGCGGCGGUGUUUCGAGCGCACAGCGACUACACAAAGGCAAACGCGCUGCUCCUCAUCGGCCAGCUGGAGGCGGCGGGCAGGCUCCCCGCCGGCGUCACCGCCAGCUGUGAGAUGGGAGAGCGCGCGUAUGGCAUCAUCAACUGCUGGCGCGGCCUCGCGCCUGAGCGGGAGCCGCUAGCCGUGCUCGACGCGAGAAGCGUCGAUCCCGCGGAGCAGCUCUUCAGCUACGGGAUGGUGACGCGGGACGGCGGCGUCAAGUACAACUCUUCCGUCGCGCACUGCUCCAAGCACCGCUGGGUCUACUUCCCUCGGCAGACGGCGGACGAGCCGCCGGACCGCGCGCCCGCGCGGUGGGUCUUCCACACCGCGAUCCAGCCCACCGACCCCGCCGAGGCGCCCCUCCCCGCAUCCAUGCCCAACGCAUCCGUGCCUCUCCACCCGCAUGCGCAACAGUGGGCUAAGGCGCGCCGCGGUGGGCUAAGGCGCGCUGUGCUGCUGCCUGGGUCCGCCUCCAGUGGCGUGCUCGCUGCGUGCGCGGCGGGCCCGGCCUUCCUCCCGCUAGGCAGCGGCCGCGCAUCGCUCCACUCUCACGCCGAGCGGAGGCGUGCGUGGCCAGCGCUGCAUGCGGCAGGCACGCACACCCCGAUGGGGGAGGACCUCAUGCUCGAUGGCGGCGGAGUGCGCGGCUACCAGCACUCAUUUGACACGUGUUCGGGCGACCUUCCGGUGUACUACGUCCCGCCCGACCGCCCGGUGGCUUCGGGCGCGGCCCCUCCUGGCAUCGUUGUGCUUCAGGAGAUUUGGGGGGUGGAGGGGCCGGCGGCGGGGCGGCUACGCGCCAUCUGUGACACGUUCGCCGUCGAGGGGUUCGCCGUCGCGCUGGCCAACUGCCGAGAUGCGGAAGACAGCCCACUGCACCUCGACGAAGACGCACAUUCGGCUGCCGACUGCCACCGCGGCGACAGCGCCGCAGGCAAACCGUGUAAGGUCGAGUGGAUACGCUCGGUCUCGACGCCGGUGGCUUCGGUGGUUGAGGACGUGCGCCGCGUGACAGAGUGGCUGCAGCAACGGUGUGGCGGCCGCCGCGUCGGCGCCGUCGGCUUCUGCUGGGGCGCGUGGGCGCUCGCGCAUGCGUCGGCGGCGGGCCGCGCGGGAGCGCACCCGCUCAAGCGGUGUGAGCGGCGUCUCUCGAUGGAGUCACUGAGAGUAGGAGUGGGAGCGCACCCGAGCCUGAAGAACGAGCGCAGCUGCGGCUUCGGCUCGGACGAGGCGCUCGCGGCGCGGGUGCGGACGCCGCUGCUGCUGCUCUCGGCCGGAAACGACCCGCCAAACGUCCAGCCCGGCGGCGCCGUGGCGCGUGCCCUGGCGGCCAGCGGCGGUCACGCGCGCGCUUUCCUGACGAUGGACCACGGGUGGGUCACGCGCGGAGACGUCGACGACGGCGCGGUCGCCGCCGAGGUGGAGAGGGCCCUCGAGGAGACACUCGCCUUCCUGUGGGAGCACGUGUCGGUCGACGGCUCCUUUCGAGGCUUUGUGGCCAUUUAA